AAUGUCGGUUACUGUCCCUGUCUACGAUACCCUCGAAAGCAUCUAUGACAUUUCUUCUGUUGCAAAACAAGGUGUUCGCUACAACCGACUAAUCGACCAGUUUACCGAGACUUAUGGCCGUAAACCCGAAUUCAUCGUUCGCUCCCCGGGUCGUGUCAAUCUCAUUGGAGAACAUAUUGACUACUGUGGUUUUGGUGUACUCCCAAUGGCCAUCGAACGUGAUGUAGUCAUCGUUGGCGCUACAACAGACGCAGAUUCAAAGACCCGCCUUACCAAUGCGGAUCCCAAAUACCCUCCCAGAGAGUUUGAUUAUGAAGGAAAGGAAAAGGUGGUUACAAUUGAUGCCAGUGAGCUCGAAUGGUCCAACUAUUUCAAGUGUGGCUACAAGGGUAUGUUGGAGCGUGCCAAUCUUGACAAGCCCAAGGGUCUUUCUCUUUUGGUUGAUGGAAAUGUACCAGCCGGUGGUGGACUGUCUUCUUCUGCUGCAUUUGUUUGUGCAUCUGCCCUGGCCGUUAUUGUUGCUAACAAGUUGCCAUCUACCAAGCAAGAGCUGACCGAGAUUGCGAUCGUGGCCGAGCGUAAUGUGGGUGUGAACUCUGGAGGAAUGGACCAAAGCGCUUCCGUAUUUUCCGAAAAGGACUAUGCGCUCCGUGUUGAGUUCGUUCCUCGACUUUCAGCCCAGCGUGUCAAACUUCCCCAGACAAAGCCUGCUCUGGCUUUUGUUAUUGCCAACACUCUCGUAAAGGCCGACAAGUUUGUUACCGCGCCCCGCCACUACAAUUUGCGUGUCGUCGAGACCAAGAUGGCCGGACUCUUUCUUUCAAAGGCGCUCGGAUUGCCAAAGACAGUCGAUACUCUCAAGGAAGUCUUGGAUCUCUACUUUGCCUCGUCUAGCCUGACCGAAGAACAGAAGCUCACUCAGCUGCUCGAACGUGCCGAAGAACUUUUCCCCGAGGAAGUUGCCAGCGGAGGAAACGGUUAUACUCUCGAUGAAGUUUCUGCUAUGGUUGGCUGGUCCAAGGAUGAGCUUCAUGAAAAGUACAUGUCUAGAUUCCCAGUCCAGACAGACUUCUUUAGAGUUCGCCAGCGUACACAUCACGUACUUACCGAGGCUCGCCGUGUUUACCAGUUCUCUGAUGCGUGUGAAGAUCAAUCGAGUGACAACACCGUCAAGGUUCUGGGUGAAUUGAUGAACGAAUCCCAGGACUCAUGCAAGAACAUGUUUGAUUGCUCGUGCCCGGAAAUUGAGCAGAUUUGCGAAAUUGCUCGUCGUCACGGUGCCUAUGGUGCACGCUUGACCGGUGCUGGCUGGGGAGGAUCUACUGUGAUGUUGACAGAUGUAACUAACGUGGAUAAGCUGAUCAAUGCUAUCAAGGAUGAGUAUUAUCGCCCAACCUUCCCAACCAUGUCAGAAGAAGAGUUGGAUGACGCCAUCCUGUCCACAAAACCAUGCAGUGGCUCUGCUGUGUUUGAUGGAUUUAAGCAAUAAGGUGUUAAAUUUGAUAUUUUGUGUGUGUGUAUAUAUAUAUGUAUGUGUGUAUAAAAGGCAAAUAAUA